GAUCCUAGUCCCCCGUCGUCCCCAGGUCCUGUGUGCCCCCCCCGACCCGCUCGUGUGUGCGUGUGCCGGUGUGCGUGUGAGUGUGUGGUCCAGUGCCAGGAUUACCGUCGUGAUACCGUCCAAAAAGGAUCUCCUCCAAGUUGUUGGUGCCCCGGCCAAACCUCUCAAAUCAGUCACCGAAAAUGAAUCUUUUUGCCGUGUUCUUCGCUGUCAUCCUGGCCGUGGCCACCGUCACCGCGCAGCGGUUCGCGUUCCCACACACGAGUUCCCAGUUCGGGCUGGCCUCGCUGACCGGUGACUUUGGCGGUCCGACCGCGUUCUCUGGACAGGAUUUGUCAGGUACUUUGAAUGCUGGUAUCAGAGACCCAAGACAGAACCGAGGACCCGUGGUGUUCCCGCCCGCCCCUGCUGAUGCGCCAGUCGAGUCGAGCGGAGUGGUCGUCGGUGCUUCCGGCUACGGUUUCGUGCCACCCAGUGCGCCCCAGAAUUACUACUAAUGCACCUACAACCGCCAGCACCUCACCACCUACAACCAAAAGAUCCCCUCCAACACUUCCAAGCCCUCGGUCCUAUCAACAACUUCCCAUCGCCCGAUCUACGCCAACCGCGGCCCUGUCUAACAAGAGAGAUGCACACCUCAAGAUCACCGAGCGGACCGAGCGACGAGCGAAGCGAUGAGUCGGCCGACCCUGAGCCAAAACCAACUACCGGAUCAGGGCCAACCGAAGGUUUACGCUGGUCGCGGUUUCGGCCACCCCCCCGGUGCUCUCUAGCGGCGUAGAAUCUGUGACUAACUGCUUCCACCACCGCACCGGAGUGGCGUGGAGACGCUAUGCUAAGAUUACUUUCGAUUCAUCCCAACCCCGGGGCGAAGCUAACCCGCGGUGUGAAGCGCCCCCGCACCCCCUGCGAAAGCCAAUCUACCACAACCCAGUGCCCAA